UUUCUUAAAACCCCACCAGGCACAAGCUUCCCACGAGUUCAACGAGAAGAGCCCUCCAAAUCAAAAACCCAGUAAUCAUAACGGACUUGCGUGCCUUCGUUUUUUCCUUUUUCUUGGUUGGAUUUUCAGAUAAAGGCUUUUCUGGUUGUGGGAAAGUGAAAAAUGUCAAAGUCUUGCAAGGGUUUGGCCAUGGAACUGGUAAAGUGUUUAAGUGAAUCAGAUUGUGUCAAGGUUGAGAAGCGUUCCUUCAGGGAAUGUGCUGGAGAAAAAAGCCCUUGUAUAUCAAGCGAGUGUGUAGGACUCAGAGAAACUUAUUUCAAUUGCAAAAGAGGACAGGUUGACAUGAGAGCUAGGAUUCGUGGAAACAAAGGCUACUGAAUGGGGGAUGAUCUGUUCUCUACUUGUACAUGGUUUACUGCAUGGCACCUUUGAAAUUUUCGUUUUUGUCUCCCUUCCCAAUUUGCCCCCAGAGUAACAGUUUUUGGGUUAGCUUCAACCUUAGACCUUGUCUACACACUUUAAAUGAGGAUACACCAAUCUCCACGAGAUGUUGAACAUUUAAGACAUGGAUGUUAUUAUUCUGUAAAAUUCUUGGUGUCACGAGUCAUUGUUAGAGUCAGAUAUAACUAUGAAAAAUAAUGUGCUUAUAACUGGAGUAUUUUGGAUUUUUCGAAAGUGGAUUUAGGGAUCUGAAUUUUGGACCCUUAUUGCUAAGAUUGGUAUUCAUAUAUUUUUUUUUUUCAAAAUGAAUGUCGAUGAGUCACAUUCUCUGUUGCUUGAAGCAAUUAAAGGUCAUCUUUUCGAAGAAUGGGGAGUGAACAGUUAUUUACGUUUGUGGAGAAUUUAGUGUCUGUGCAUAUUGGAUGAUCAGGGGCAAAACUCGAUGAGAUAUUGCACGUCUUUGAUGAUCCACCAGAUUGUGUUGACCUUCUUUUAUGCGAGCAGCUUGGUUCAGAUUUCCUCCAGUUUAAUUAGCACGUUAAGCUUUUAGCAAUUUCUCUUUGUAUCAAUAGAAACCAAGUUUACGUAAGUUUAAUUUACAUGUGAAUUAGACCCUGUUAUUUUUCUAC